UUUCCAGGCUCAAGGGAAGGAGAAGGGAGGCUCCUGACAAGUGAGAGGGAGGUCUGGCAGCACCCAGCACAGGCUUCCAUGAUGAGAGGGUGGAUCCUGCUUCUCGCUGUGCUCCUAGCUCCGGCACCAGUUAUGGCACAAAAAAGAAACCAAGGUACGUGUAUCAAUGUCUAUGCGGCAGACAUUGUGUUCCUGGUGGACGGAUCCUCCAGCAUUGGGAGGGCCAACUUCCGUAUGAUCCGAGCCUUCAUGGAGGACCUGGUCAGGCCCUUUGUCCAUGUGGUUGGUGAGAGAGCGGUGCGAUUCGGGGCAGUGCAGUACAGCGACGACCCCAGGCUCGAGUUCACGUUCUCCCAGCAUCCUAACGGGACGGAGGUGAAGAGGGCCAUCCAGCAGCUGAGCUACAAGGGCGGGAACACACGCACAGGCGCCGGCCUCCGAUACAUUGCUGACAACUUCUUUGGGCCCACUCAGAUCCGGACUGGGGUCCCAAAGGUCUGCAUCCUCAUCACAGAUGGCAAGUCUCAAGAUGACACUGAGCAGCCCUCCAUGAAGCUGAAGGCUCAGGGCACUAAGGUCUUUUCUGUGGGGAUCAAGAACGCAGACCGCGCGGAGCUCAUGCGUGUGGCCUCCACUCCCACAGAGGACUACUUCUUCUAUGUCAAUGACUUUAAGAUCCUGGGCACCCUGCUGCCGCUGGUGUCUCAGAGGGUGUGUGCCAGCACUGGAGGGUUCCUGCAGACGGGUCCGCGGGUGUACAGUGGCCCAUCCAACCUGGUCUUUGUGGAGCAGACGGUUGACAUGCUGAGGAUCCGCUGGACUGCGGCAGGCGGCCCGGUCACAGGCUAUAAAGUCCAGUACGUGCCACUCACGGGCUUGGGGCAGCAAGUGACAGCAGAGAUGCAAGAGGUCAACCUGAGCCCUGGGGAGACUAGCACCGUGCUGAGCCAGCUGAGAGGAGGGACGGAUUAUCUGGUCACUGUCAUCGCCCAGUAUGCCAACAGCAUCGGCGAGUCGGUCUCUGGCAAAGGACGCACUGGGGCCCUGUCUGGAGUGUCAAAUUUCCGAGUGGUGGAGGCCGGGCCGUCCUUCCUCAGACUGGCCUGGGGAGCUGCUCUGGAGAACUUGCAGGGCUACCGGAUCACCUACGUGGCCCGAGGUGAGGCUCAAGCAGAGGAGAUGAGCCUGGCAGCCAACGCCGUGUCCGUCACGCUCAGCAACCUGCGCCCCAACACUGAUUACGUGGUCACGCUUCAGCCUGUCUCCCAGCGGCAGACGGCAGCACCGUCCCAGCUAACCGGCCGAACCUUGCGUUUGGAAGGGGUGCAGCAGCUGUCAGUUCAGAAUAUCUCCCAGCAGAGCAUGCUGGUGACCUGGCGGAGUGUGAGUGGGGCUACUGGAUACCGGGUCUCGUGGGGGCUCCCCUCAGGUCAGGACAUUCGGAGAUUUGAUGUGGAUGCCAGCAAGAAUUCCUACCUGCUGACAGGGCUGCAGCCAGACACAGAUUACCUGCUGACAGUCACUUCACUCUACGGGCAAGUGGAGGGGCCCCCAGCCUCCAUUAGGAGAAGAACAGAAACAGGCAUAGUCCAGUCUCUGAGGACCGUCAUUCUGGGCCCAACAUCCAUCCAGGUAGCUUGGAACAUCAUCCGCGAUGCCCGUGGCUACCGACUGGAGUGGAGAAGAGCAACAGGUGCUGAGCCCCCACAGACUGUGUCCUUGCCCACCAACAUCAACAGCUACCAGCUCACUGGCUUGCAGCCAGCCACGGAAUAUCGCAUCACCCUCUACACACUGUACGAUGGGAGGGAGGUGGCCACACCCGUUACCAUCUCCCAGACAGGAGUGGAACCCCCAGUGGGCAGCAUUUCUGACCUGCGGGUCGUUGAUACCAUGGGGAAGAGGAUCCGGCUGGCCUGGACUGGGGUCCCGGGUGCCACCGAGUACAAGAUUGUGCUGCGCAACUCCCAGGAUGGCAGUGACAGGACCAGACUGAUCCCAGGCACCCAGACCACACUGGAGCUCGAGGACCUGAGAGAGGAGGUCACCUAUGUAGUGCGUGUGUCAGCCCUGAUUGGCAGGCGCGAGGGCAGUGUUGUCCCCAUCAGUGUCCGCAUUGAGCCGUCAGUGAGCAGCGUGUCCAAUCUGCAAGUGGUGCCUGUGGGUGUGGGCCGUGUGCGACUUUUGUGGAGUGCCAUACCCAGGGCCACUGAGUACAAGCUGGUGAUCACCAACAGGCAGGAUGGCUCAGAGGAGACCAGGCGCAUCCCCGGCAACCGGAAUUUCUUUGAGCUGCAGGAUUUGAAGGAGGGAGCCACAUACCUGGUGCAGGUGACAACCCUGAUGGGCAGCCAGGAAAGUGACCCUGCCACUAUCACUGUCCAGCUGGAUCGCCUGUCUGUGGACAGCAUCACCAACCUGCGGGUGGCUGAGAUCAGACCCAACCAGCUGAGGGUCGCAUGGAGUGGGCUUCCUGGGGCGACUGGCUACAAGCUGACAUGGCGAGCGAGUGAUGGUCAGGAGAUCUCCCGUGUCCUGCCAGCCGACAGGACCUCCUUCAGCAUCGAGGAGCUGCAGGCUGGGGCCGUCUAUGUCAUUGGGGUUUCGGCCCUGGUUGGCAGCAGAGAAGGCAGCCCCGUCACCAUUGCUGCUAGAACAGCUCCGGAGCAGGUGGGGACGGUCUCCAGCCUCAAGGUCCUCUCGUCCAGGAGCAACGUUGUCCGGGUCACCUGGGUUGGAGUGCCUGGGGCGACAGCCUACAAGGUGGUGUGGAGUCGGCGAGACGGGGGCUCCGAGUCGAGUGAGGUGGUUUCUGGUGACACCAGCUCCUUUGACAUUCUCAACCUGGAGGGUGGGGUCAGCUACACCGUGAAGGUCACAGCACUGAUUGGCAACCGUGAGGGUGACCCUGUCUCCAUCAUCGUCACCACACCUGCAGAGGUGGCCCCCCAGCCUGUGGGGAACCUGCGGGUGACUGACUCCUCGGACCAGCGCAUUCGCCUCACCUGGAGCCCAGCACUGGGCAGCACCGGGUACCGCCUGAGCUGGAGGCCAGCAGAUGGGGGGCCGGAGAGGAGCCAGCUGCUCGCCCCCAAUGUUAACUCCUACGACAUUGAAGGCCUGAGGGCGGGAGAGCGCUACGAGAUCCGGAUCACCAGCCUGGUGGGCAGCCAGGAGAGUGAGACUGUGGACAUCGCUGCCAACACUGCACCUCUGGGCCGAGUCACCAAUUUCCGGGUAACGGAGACCCGAGACAAUUCUGUGACCUUGGCCUGGACUCCAGCUCCCAGAGCCACCGGCUACCUCCUCACCUGGAAGCUGCCCCAAGAGGGAGGCGAGACGCAGAGUACACUGCCCGGGUCAGCAACGUCCCACCAGGUGUCAGGGCUGCGGCUGGGGCACAGAUACCUCUUCACCAUCCGGCCGCUGUUCGGGAGCGCCAGGGGCGCGGAGUCCACCCUCACUGACCGCACAGUUUGCAGGGACGCUCGCGGUGACAUCAUCUUCCUAGUGCAUGGCACCCGGGACAGUGCCUACAGCGCCGAGACCGUCCGUGCCCUGCUCUCCAACACCGUCUCAGCACUGGGCCAGCUGGGCCCCGAUGCCACCCAGGUGGGCGUGGUGAUCUACAGCUACCGCAGCAUCCCGUGGGUCCUGCUGAAUCGCUCCAGUGAUGUGGGUGCUGUCCUGGAGCGGAUCCGCACCAUGCGCUAUGAGGAGCCCAGCGGCAAUGCCCUGGGAGCUGCCAUCAACUUUGCCAGGACCUACAUGCUGAGCCCCAGUGCAGGGCGCCGGCCUGGUGUGCCAGGGGUGCUGGUGGUGCUGGCAGACAGCCCCUCCGGUGACGAUGCCAUUGGGCCGGCCAGGGAGAUCAAGGCAGCAGGGAUCCAGGUGCUGGCGGUGGGCAUGGACGGGGCAGAUCGUGAGCAGCUGCGCCGCAUUGUCACCAAUGAAGACGCACACCAUGUUUUCUAUGCCCAGGAUUCGAGGGCCGGCCUGUCAGAACUGGAGGACAGGCUCGCCAGCACCCUCUGCAGGGUGACCGUCACAGACAGGCUGGAGCCCUGCACAAUUCAGUGUCCCAAGGGUGAGAAGGGGGAGCCCGGCCAGACUGGGCAGAAAGGACGUGUGGGGCAGCCUGGCCCCCCUGGAAACCCGGGGCUCAAUGGGCUUCCAGGCCCCCCAGGACCAAUGGGGCCACGGGGUGCCCCAGGCGAGAUCAUCGAGCGGCCAGGCCAAAAGGGGGAAAGAGGAUUACCAGGAGCGGAUGGGAUCCCAGGAAGCCCUGGUCGCCCUGGCAACUCUGGCUCCCCUGGCCAGCCAGGUAGACAAGGCAUUCCUGGCCUCCGAGGGCUCCCGGGGGAGCAGGGCCCAGUGGGGCCUCCCGGGCAACGGGGAGAGAAAGGCGAACCGGGAGAUCCAGGAGUGAUUGUGAACGGAGGAGGGGGGCUGCCUGGCCGGAAAGGGGAGCCUGGGAGUCGGGGAAAUCCUGGCCUCCCUGGGAACCCUGGGCCUAGAGGAGCAGUCGGUGAUCCAGGACCUCCUGGGCCCAUUGGACCUCCAGGGCCAUCAGGACCUGCCGGAGAGUUUGUCAAGGGGGCGAAAGGCGAGCGAGGGGAGCGGGGCCCCCCCGGGCUGAUUGAUGGGGUAACUCCCAGAGGAGAGCCAGGCAUCCCGGGCUUGCCUGGUGAUCCUGGUUCCCCUGGGCCCCGGGGACCUGCUGGGCCCCCAGGACAGAAAGGAGACAAGGGUGAUGGAGAAGAAGGUUUUCCAGGGCCGCCGGGUCGCCCAGGGGACCCAGGAGAUCGGGGCCCGAGAGGACCUCCAGGUGAACAAGGAAGCAAGGGAGAUCGCGGGCAGCCGGGAGAACUCGGAGAAGCAGGGGAGAAGGGUGAUCGCGGACCCCCUGGGCCGGAAGGGAAGAAGGGGGAGCUGGGAGCUCCAGGCCGCCUGGGCCCAGCAGGCAGAGAGGGAUUGCCAGGACCGUCCGGCCCCCGAGGGGAAAAGGGGGAUCAAGGUGCUCCUGGGGAACCCGGAAAGCCGGCUUCCACCGUCUCUGGGAUCAAAGGAGAGAAGGGUGACAGAGGCCCUGCAGGAGCAGAGGGGGCCCCAGGUCCCCGGGGAGACGCAGGAGAUAAAGGAGAUCGCGGCCUCCCUGGAUUCAGUGUCACUGGCCCACCUGGCCCCAAAGGAGAGCAGGGCGACAGGGGGAUUGUCGGCCUCACUGGCAAGAGUGGCCCAAAGGGUGACCCCGGGGAACCUGGGGAGAAGGGGGAGCUGGGGAGACCAGGAGCUCCAGGGCAGAUGGGCCUGCGAGGGAAAGAGGGUGAACGUGGUGAGAAGGGUGACGAGGGGACCCCAGGAGAGCCGGGUCAGCCUGGCAAAUCUGGUGACCGGGGCCCCCGGGGCCUACCAGGAAACCGUGGCCUCCCUGGGGAGAAGGGUGACCAGGGCGACUCCGGCGAUGAUGGCAAAAAUGGCAGUCCUGGAGUGCCAGGGGCCAAGGGUGACCGCGGGGAACCGGGGCCGCCUGGACCCCCAGGACGAAUUGUUGAUCCGGGACCUGGAGGAGGAACUGGAGAGAAAGGUGAGAAGGGGGAGCCAGGGGACCCCGGAGAGGAUGGGAUGAAGGGCGCGAAGGGCGAGGUUGGAGUACUUGGCCUGCCUGGAGAAAGGGGGAUCGAAGGCCCCAGAGGUCCCCCCGGAGCUCGGGGUGACCCUGGAGACCGAGGCCAAUCAGGAGACAAGGGAGACCGAGGCCCUCCGGGGCUGGAUGGCCGGAACGGGUUGGAUGGCAAACCUGGGCAAAUGGGCCCCGCGGGGCAAAGGGGUGAUCCAGGCAAGCAGGGUGAUCCCGGCCGAGAUGGGCUGCCAGGCCAGCGAGGGGAGCAAGGUCCCCCAGGAGCCAUCGGCCCCCCAGGACCACCAGGCUUAGCUGGCAAACCCGGAGAUGACGGCAAACCCGGCCUGAAUGGGAAGAACGGAGAAGAUGGGACUCCAGGAGAAGAUGGGAGGAAGGGGGACAAAGGAGAAGCUGGAGCCCCUGGCAGAGACGGUCAAGAAGGCCCCAAGGGCGAGCGAGGAGACCGUGGGGUGCCAGGCCCCUUGGGAUCUCCUGGUGUCCCCGGUGUACCUGGGCAGGUUGGACCCCCAGGCCAGGGUGCUCCAGGCCUCGCUGGGGCUGCCGGACAAAAGGGUGACCGAGGAGAGGCUGGACCCAAAGGAGAACAGGGCAGACCUGGGGAUCCUGGACAACGUGGUGAGCCUGGGACGGUCUCGAAUGUUGAACGUGCCCUGGAAGCCUAUGGGAUUAAGAUUGCCUCGCUCAGAGAGAUCACUGGAGCCUAUGACGGCAGCACUGAUCCAUUCCUGCCCUACCCUGACCGCCGGAGAGGCCCAAAGGGUGAUAGGGGAGACUCAGGGGAGAGGGGACCUCCAGGCAAAGAGGGUGCGACAGGCUUUCCUGGAGAAAGAGGGCCCAAGGGUGACAAAGGUGACCAAGGCCCUGCUGGCCCCCAAGGCCCCAUGGGACGUGCUAUCGGAGAGCGAGGUCCAGAGGGGCCGCCUGGCCAGGCAGGGGAACCUGGCAAGCCUGGAAUCCCAGGGGUGCCAGGCCGGGCCGGGGAGCUCGGAGAGGCUGGCAGGCCUGGCGAGAAGGGCGAUCGGGGCGAGAAGGGCGAUCGGGGAGAGCCGGGCAGAGACGGCAUGCAGGGUCCUCCAGGGCCCCCAGGACCUAAGGCAGAUGUGAUGGAAGGGAGCCUCUCGGGUCUUCCGGGGGAGCGUGGACCCACAGGACCCAAGGGAGCCAAGGGAGAGCCCGCUGUGGAUGGCGAGAGAGGACCCAAAGGAGAUAAGGGUGAACCUGGACAGAAGGGAGAGAGAGGUGAAGCUGGCGAGAAAGGCAGGGAUGGCAGCCCGGGCCUCCCAGGAGAAAGAGGCCUUGCUGGGCCAGAAGGGAAACCGGGUAUGCCAGGCUUUCCCGGAGUUCUAGGCCGACCGGGCAACCAGGGAGAUCCAGGGCCACCAGGCUCAGCUGGGCUUGUUGGACCACCAGGUGCGCAGGGCCCACCCGGAAUAAAGGGAGAUUCAGGGACCACAGGGUGCUCCAGGAUUGCCAGGACCAGUGGGUGAGACUGGAAAGCCUGGCGUGCCGGGGAGAGAUGGCGUUCCGGGGAAGGAGGGAGAACCAGGGCUGCCUGGGAAAAUGG